AUGGUCUGCUUGGAACCGAUCUGGGUGAUGCAGCAGGAGGUUGGCUCUCUGGUUCUUUCUAUCAAGGACGGGGCUGGGGUUGCCCUGCCUUCGGGAUGCCCAGUCUCUUUGGAGGAUGAGGAUCUUCGACGUGGCCGAGGCCUUGUCUUCUUGGCUGGUGCGGGAUUGAGCUUCCGUUCGGGGCCCGCGGUGUCUCUUCUGGCGAAUUCUAAGAAGUUUUCAUUGGUGCCGAGGCAGGCUCGUGACUUGCAGUUGAUCCGAAUGAUUGGUUCUACAGCUUGGCUUCCCACUUUAUUCCCGCCGGAUGCAAGUGACAUGAGUGAAGUGGUCCCCAAGAUCGUGCUUAAAGCUUGCUUGUCCACCAUGUGUGGCGUCGGGUUCUUGCAAGGCCAGCCUGUGCAUAAAGCAGAAGCCCUUGCUCUACAUUUGGCGCAAACUUCGCCGAUGGCAGGGCUUGUGGUUGUCGAUGUUUCCCCUGAAACCUGUGCCCAAGUUACCAUGCAAGGGUGUGACCCGGUUGAGCCAAAGACUCUCCUCGCAUGCUCUCUCAGGGCCUGCCAUCUGGUACAGUGCCCCGCGCUUAUGCUUACUGGCCCAGUGCAGGCUCAGCAGUGGUGCCGCGAGGGUUUGGCUAUCUUUCAGGUUGCCACAGGUUUCCAUUGUGCCGAGAUUCAGCUGUCUCAGGAGGGUGGUUUGUCCGAUUGGUGGUGUGUGCUUACGGCCCCAGAGCUGGGUCGUGUGCCCGUCGAGCAAGCCCUUGCUUUCUUGGAGGAGGAAAGGAGCUGUGACGCAGUGGGGGCGCUUAAGACUUGGCACUUUGGCAUAAUCUGGCGGGUCUGGAAGUGCUUCUUGCAGGGCAGGUCUCAGGCAAAGGUUGCAAAUUCUGCGCAUCCAGCUGAGGCCCCGAGUGCCUCGCCCACCCAUAGUGCGGCUGGUGCCUCUUUGGGGGUUCUUGGGUUUAGUGGGCCGCCGCUAGGUUCCCUUAAGCAGGGUUUUUCCACAGUCGAGCCUUCUAUGGCUGCGAGGGAGUGCUCUCUGCGUCUGGGUGAUGAUGUGAUGCCGCUCGCUGACACACCGGUGGUGAAGCGGCCGCGGGUAUGUGCCCCGGCUUCCUUUUGGCACGUUCCAGUGGGAGCAGAAGGCCAUCUGUCGGUGCUUGAUCUUGCCCUGCAGGGCCCUUGCAAGGAUGUGCGACCGCCUGAGUCCGGUUCCCUCUCGGAGGCGGUGUUCCUGCUUUUCGCUGUCCAGGAGAACUUGCAGGUGUUGGCCCUUUCGGAUUUCGUCAUGCCCGGCCAGCAGGUUCAUCUUGUUGCUUUUGGGCCCAGGCCAGCUGAUUCUGUGUCGGGGCUACCGCCCUUCUCAGUGCCUUCGGUGCCCUUGCAUCUGAUCUCUUCAGCUGAGCGCCUGCUUGUACUGCGAUGGCAAGCGCAUUGGAUGGCCUCCGAUCAGGCUAGCCAUGCCUUAGCCUGCAUUGCUGACAGGUCCCCUUGGCCUGUGCGGGUCCUUGAUCCUCUUGAUUUGGGUCGGUGUUGCCAGACGCCUAACUCAUCGUGCCUCGGCAGUGCUUUCGUGGAUUUCUUCUCAGGUGGAGCCGUGGUGAGUGCACUGGCUGUUGAAGGCCACUGGGUUUCCUUUUGCUGGCAGCUUGGCAGUGGGGUUGCUUCGUCUUGGGCCAGCCUUCCUAUGACUGAGCACAAGGGCCCGCUGGUUGAUGCUGUUGCCACGGCCAACAUGUUGGUAGCUAGGGCCCUUGGGUUGUCGGUUGCCGCUUUCAAGUUUCUUGGUGGCCCGCAUCGGCCACAUGCUCCGGGCUUUUGUGGGCACUUUGCUAUGGCAGAUCUGAGUGUUCACUUGGAUGGUGAGCCGCCUUUGGAUGCUGUUGCUGCUCUUGGCCGGGCAUCCUUGUGGGCAGAGUCCUUUGUGGAGGAGACCCAGCAGUCCGGGCAGGUACCUCCUCCAUGCAUGGUCGCCGGGGUCGUCCCGCCUUUGCUUGAGCAUGGGUUGUCGGCUGCUCUUCGUGAAAAGGGGGUUCCGGAAGCGGUUCUUGCCGAUAGGGUCAAGGAUGCCAUUCAGCGUGUCGGCCGGGGCCCUCUACAGAAGGCGUUGCAGGCGCCUCACCAGUGGAGGGAGUUGAAGGCGGUGUGCUCCAAUGCUUCUCCGCCGUUUCAGUUGGUGCUGCCCUCCGAACUGCAGGGAUUCAUUGAUACCAAGUUGGCCAAUGGCGAGGAGCUUGGUCCACGGCGUAAAUCCAAGGGCAAGGUUCCCAAGGCCCAGGCCACGGCUCCUGUGUUGCAGCUCCCCUCCCCGGAGUCGGUCACGGUUGCUCCAGGCGUUUUCGAGCAGGAGGGUACCGCUUUGUCACAGAUCCAGCUUCCCGAGAUCGGGCCACAGGCUCAGGGAGUUGUUGUUGUGUCGGCUAGUGCUGCUGGCCCCUAUCUCCGCAUCGACAAGCCGGUUUCCAAGCAGGCCCUUGGGUUGUUGGUCCUUGGCUCUCUGAACCUGUCAGGCACUUCUUUGAAGUCCGAGGUGGUGAGGUUCCAGGCCUCUUGCUCUACUACCCAGGAGCCAGUGCUCUUGACGGCUACCUUGUUGCAGAUUGGUGACCGUUUUGUUCAAAAGGUGGCACCGGGCCAGCGCAUGACUUUGGACCUUGUCCCGUCUGCUAUCCUCCGUUUGGCGGUUUACCGUGACCAGUGGGAGGGCUCUUGGGCUGUCUUUGCACAGAAGCCAUUGCGAUCUGUCCUUGAGGCUUGCUCUUGCAUCCGGACGUGCAGCCAGGUUGGAUGCAGUUGCUCAUGCUGGCAUGGCUCGUCUUCCCCAGGAGUCCCGGAGGCUCUUCUUGAGGUGUGGGGCCGUGGCUUUGUCACCACUUCGUUUAAGCCUUGUGCUCCCGAGGAGGCUGAGGUGUUCAAUGCCUUACUGAGGGUUCCUGCUGCCCUGCUACCGGUCCUGUUGGCCUGUUCUGGUGAUGCCGGGGUCUACUUUGAGCCCAGAGGAAAGGAGCCUCGUGAUCCCUCUUCUGAGUAUUCCGUUUUCUGGUUGCCCAAGGCGGACUUCCAUGAGGCCUUGGUGUGCAAGCAAACUCACGCCGAUGUGCUUGGCGUUGCGCGGGUUGCCCGGCGUUUUGGAGUGCGUUGCGAAAAAGCCAAGGCCGAGGCACUUCACAAAAUUCUGCGCCCAGCGGUUCCUUUUAUGUGCAAGGAUGGUGCCUUGACUUUCCAUGCGGGCCCGUGGCCCUUUGGCACACAGCGGUCAACACUGACCAAAGCCUUUCAGGACUGGGGAUGGGAGGCGAAGCCCCUUCAACCUAUCCCACGGCCAUCUGGCAAUGGACUUUGGUGGGCCAUUCAAGCUUUGAAGCCUCCGCCCCAAGCCGUGCUCCACAUCCAGGAGGGCGAGGUAUUGAUUUCGGAGGUCAAAUCCAAGGUUGAGGGCAAGACCCCUUCGGCCCCGACGGUCGUUGCAUCCAAGGCUGCCCUGCAGGCAAUCAACAACAGAGCAACGAGCUCUACGGACCCUUUGCAGUCGAAUGACCCCUGGGCAGCGGCGUUGGGUGCUCGCUCUGCCAAGCUGCCGCAAGCCCAGGCCCCGCCCAUCGAUGUGCAAGCUAUGUCCAAGCAGAUUGAGGCCAACCUUCGUACUCAGAUUGCCUCUCAGGUUGAGGCUGCUAGCUCCGCCCUCACCGGCCGUGUUGCAGCCCUUGAAACAACUGUGAGUGAUGUAGUUGUGCAGGUCAAGGACCAGGAAACUCGCUUGAAAGGUGCCUUUCAGGAGCUCUUUGAACAGCAGACCCAACGCAUUGAGGCUCUGCUCGCUAAGCGCCAGCGACAGGAGCAUGCCGCGGCUUUGGCCGCUUUUCGUUCCUUCCGUUUUGGUGAGGCUGCUCACCCUGGGCCAGUCAAUAGCGCGGGCCCGGAGGCUUCUGAUUCACAGUUUGUCAUUGGGGCCGUUAACCCGACUGGACUUAACGGCAAGCAUGGGGUGCUCUCGGAUUUGCCACGGGGCUUGUUUGCAAUUUCUGAGACACAUCUUUCGGCGCGGGGUGUUGAGCUGUUUCGUUCUGGACUCCACUUUGCCAAGUCACACUUCCGGUACGUGGCUGGCCCGCCGGCGCCUGCUAGGGCUCGGAGUCACGUGACUGGUGACUACACGGGUGUGGGCUUCCUCUCGUCUUUCGCCGGCCGCGGUGCCCCACAUUCCUUUGAGCCUUCCCUUUUCUCUUCGGCUCGUCUUCAGGUUGCUUCCUUCCUGGUUGGUUCAACUUGGAUUUUGGGUGCGGUGGUUUACGGCCUACCGGCGGCACCCAAGGCAACCGAGGUCCUCCUGGAGGCCAUUACUCAGCGUGUUGUGUUGCAGGGCACUGGUCCUCGGUUCCUGGCUGGCGAUUUUAACUUGGAGCCGCAUGCCCUGCAUCACGCUUCGGUGUGGGCCGACAAUGGCUUUGCUGAGGUUCAGGACUUGUGGCACCAGCGUACUGGCUCGCUUCCACAGGUCACCUGCAAGAAUUCUACUCGCAAGGACUAUGUCUGGAUUUCUGCGGAGCUUCAGCCCCUGUUGCAAAGGGUCGAGGUUGAUCCUACGUGGUUCUGUGACCACUCUCUCCUCUCAGCUACUUUCACUGCUGAAGGCUUGCAACAGCCUCUUCCUUUGUGGCGCAUGCCCCGGCAGCGUGUGAUCCCGGCCCAGGUCGCUCGUCUCAUGCAGGAUUCCUCGUGCACUCCCCUGCCUGCAUCCUCUGAUGAGGCUUACCGUGCCAUUUGGAACAGGUACGAGGAUGCAGCCUCUGAGGCCUUUGUGGCUUGUGGCCAACCGCCGCUUCGGGCUUCUGAGCGAGGCCGUGCUACCACUAGGGAUGUGCAUGUUGCCUCCCUUUUUCAAGCGGUUGUGCCUAAGGGCCGUCAUGGGGAAGUUACUCCGACUUUCUUUGGACCCGAUAGACAGUAUGUGCAGUGGUUCCGCCAAUUGCGACGGGUGCAGGCCCUUUGCCAGGCCUUGCGCAAGACCACUCCCUCGGAUGCGGCCUGUGAGUAUCGAGCUGGGCUUUGGCACGCUAUCCUCAAGGCCCCUGGCUUCAAGCCUUCUUUCCGGCAGUGGUGGCCGACACGUGAGGUCAUCGCUUCUGCUGAUCCGCUUUGUUUGGGCACUGCUUUGCCCGAUCGGGCUUUGGCGGAGGCUAUCUUUGCUUCCUUGCAGGCCAAUGUUCAGAAGCUGGAACGUCGGCUGAAGAACAGUCGCCAAAAAGCUGCGAAGCAACGGCGGGUUGAUAACCCCUCCUUGGUGUUUAAGGAUCUCCGCGGGCCUCCUGCCAAGCCGGUUGAGACUGUGGUGGAUAAGGUUUCAGCUGUGGUGUCUCAGGUCUUUCCCGAGGAAAGCGCGGUAGCUUUUGCUGAGCCGGUUCGGUGGCGACCCCAGGCCGGGUUCUUUGUGGAGGAUUCGCCUUUGACCGUCUUUCACGCGGAGGAGGAUAAGCUUUGGGGUGAGGUCUCUCGUGUCACUGUGGGUCAAGUGAUUUCCCAGCAGCAAACUAUUGCUGACCUUCCUGGCCUCUUCGCUGCUUUUGGUGCCGAAUGGUCAAAGCGGUGGAUGCGUCACGAACACAUCGAUGCUGAUUGUUGGCAACAGGUUUUGGAAACGUUGCCUGCGCUUUCCUCUGCCUCCCUUGGCCUCCAGGCGCUCACGCCUCCGGUUUGGCGAGCCGCGGUUAAGGCUAAGCACGCUCACUCGGCUACUGGGCCGGAUGGGGUUUCUCGCGCGGACCUUCUGGCACUGCCGGAUGCCUGCACGCAGGGCUUACUUGACCUUUGCGGGCGGGCUGAGUGUACUGGCGAUUGGCCGGCCCAGGUUCUGGAUGCGCGGGUCUCGGCCCUGGAAAAGGUUCCUGAUGCUGCCACCGUGACGCAGUACCGGCCCAUCUGUGUUCUGUCUGUCACAUACCGGACGUGGUCCUCACUUCGGGCCAAGGAAGCCCUGCGGCACCUUGCCUCCAUCGCCCCUCCCACUCUGUUUGGCAAUAUGCCUGGGCGAUCUGCUGGAUGCGUUUGGUACCAAAUGCAGUUGGCCAUCGAGCAGGCGCAUAUGGAGGACCAACCUUUGGUCGGUGUGUUGUUGGACUUGUCGAAGGCUUUCAACACCUUGCCUCGACCACCGGUCUUUGCUUUAGCUCUCAAGUUAGGCCUGCCUCGGGAGCUGGUUGUUGCAUGGAGCAGUGCCGUCGCUAAGCUGGCACGUCGGUUUCAGAUCCGUGGGGCCACUGGGCCUGCUCUCCCCAGCUACACGGGCUUUCCCGAAGGCUGCGCCCUUAGCUGCGUGGCUAUGAUGCUGGUUGACUUUGCCUUGCAUAGGCAUGUGGAUGCAUCGGCCGGUGCGGGUUCCUUAACCACUUUUGUCGAUGAUUGGCAGUUGAUGAACAGGGGUGUCCCGCAGGUUCAGGUUGCCCUUCAGGCGGUUUCGGAGUUUGUUCGGGGCUGGGACUUGGCUAUGGAUCCUGCUAAGUCGGUCCACUGGGCAACGCGUGCUGAGGACCGGCGCCUGCUUCGCCGCUCUGGAGUCUCUGUUGCUCACUCUGCUCGGAAUCUGGGCGGCAACAUGGUGUUCACCCGGGCCCGGCGGCUGUCGACGAUUUCCGACAGAAUUGCCUCUUUGCAGGAUCUUUGGCCUCGCCUUGCGGUGUCGCCUUCGCCACUGAAGCAGAAGCUCCUGGCUCUUACGGCCUCUGCUUGGCCCAAAGCUUUGCAUGGUGUGUCGGCCACGUCUUUGAGUGAUGACACGUUUGCCACCUUGCGGGCCGGUGCUUCUAGGGGUCUGGGGUUCGAUAGGCCUGGGCUUAGUUCUAAGGUUCUCUUGAGCUUCUGCUGCUUCCCGUUAGCUGACCCGCAGUUCUUUGCCAUUGCUGCGACCUUUCGUGACCUGAGAGCCUUUGCCGAGCCUACUUCUUUUGUUCCGGUUGUUGAGCACCUGCUGUCCCUCAGCAAAUGGCCCCCGGGCCCAGCUCAAGCUUUCUUGGAACGAUGUCAUGCUCUCGGCUGGGCCUGGUGUCCUGAUGGCCAUUGCUUGCGAGAUGCUAUCUCGACCUUUGACCCAUGGCAGGUCAGCCCACAGGAGCUGAUGCACCGCCUGGUGUAUGCAUGGCAGUUUCGGGUUGGUUCGGAGUUGGAGUCUCGCUCGGGUUUUUCGGGGAUGUCCAGGGUUGAUGCCGCCUUGACUAAUCGCCUACUCAAGGGUUGGAAGGACGAGGAUCGGCUCAAUGUGAUGCUGGCCCAAGCUGGAGCCUUCUUCACGCAAGAUGCCUUGCACCACUUCAGCCAGGACCCUGCGGAUUCUUUGCAUUGUCGCUUUUGCCGUCAGCCGGAUAGUGUGCAGCAUCGGCUUUGGUACUGUAGCGCCUUUGAAGACUGCCGGGCCCAAUGUUCUGCCUUCGAGCUACCGGAUCCUGCGACUGAUCUGCCGGUGCAGUUUUUACGUGGCUGGGCUUUGCGACCGGCCAAACAGCUUGAACUCUGGCAGGCUUUGGCUGCAAUUGACGACAGGAGUGGUCAGUUUGAUUUGCCGGCUUCUCUUCCUGCACGACUGGAUGUCUUUACGGACGGCUCUUGCCUUUUACCCACAGUUCCUCAGCUUCGUCUGGCGUCGUGGUCUGUGGUCCUGGCUGCGGAUUCUACGGUACGGCCUUGGGUCCUGGCGGCAGGUGCUCUGCCUGGCAUAGUCCAGACAGCUUUUCGGGCGGAGAUCUUUGCGGUCCUGUCAGCCUUGAAGCUGGCUCUGCAGACUGGGCGCGCCGUUCGUAUCUGGUCUGACUGCGCGGGGGUGGUCCGGAAACUGACUCGAAUGGGUUCUGGCCUGAUUUCUUUGAGGCCGUCUAUGCUCAACUUUGACCUCUGGCAGCAAGUUGCUGAUGUCCUGGCCAGGCUCACGGUUCCCUGGACUGUCCACAAGGUUGCGGCUCACGUUGACGCCGAUGCGUCUCUUUCGGCUGUGGAUGACUGGCUUAUUCACAAUAAUGCUGCUGCGGAUGCUGCUGCUGACAAGGCCAAUGCUCAACGGUCGGAUUUUUUCUGGGCGUUGUGGAAUGAUGUCAGGCGGGACUUCACUCUGCAGGAACUCAAAGCGACCGCGGCCCUGCGGCAUCAGCGUUUGGUUGCGGCCAAGGCUACGGCUGGUAAGGAUACAUUGUGGGAGGACAAGGCAGUUGGCGCCGCCACCGCGGUCCCUGUGAUUCAUGCCUUGUCUGAGCCUUUGCCGAGGGCUUUGCUGAAGUUCGGGGACCCAUUUGUUUUGGCCAUUUCGCAAUGGUUGGUGGGAUUGACUGAGCUUCCUCAGCAUGCAGUGCAGUGGUAUUCUUUCGCUCAGCUGUAUUUGGCUUUUUGCUUUGAGACCCACAUUGUGCCUCCAGUCUGGGAUGCUGGCACGCGUCGCUGGGUGCAUGUAUCCGACGAGGAGCCACGACUUGCCGGCAUUUCCUUUGCCAUUCGCGCUCGCUACUUUCGACAACAGGUCAGGGCCGUUGUCUCUCAUGGUCGUGGGCGUCUCCUUACGGCAGAAGCGCGACCUUACUCGGUGGCUCUGGCGAUCAAGUUACCCGUGUGCAGUAUUGGCCUGCGCUCCGACUGCUAUGAGCAGGUUGAGAGGUUCUUGUUUCAAGCGCUUCCAAAGGGAGUGUGCGCUCAAAACGAGCGUACUUGGACAAGAGUGCCCAUUCCCCGGAUCGGCUAG